UAAGCAUCCCCCCUUUUCUUUUGUUUAAUAUAACGGCACCACAGAUGAUUGGCAGGGACGUGCCCGUUCCGCAACUGGGCUCCGGCAGGUCCCUGGAGGGGGAUGGCACGCCGCGGCCGCCCAUGUUCCACCGAGGGGGCUUCUCGUGAAAAAAACCCUGGCUUUCCCCCCUGCCCUCGCGUGCUCGCAAUCUGUCUUCCCCUCCGUCUGUCUGUCUCUCCCCUCCUCUUGACAAGUAGAGGAGCGAGGGAGAACACGCUACCUGAUGGACCGAAUGACGGAGGAUGCCCUGCGCCUGAACCUCUUGAAGCGGAGCCUGGACCAAGCCGACGAGCGGGAUGACGUCCUGGCCAAGCGGCUGAAGAUGGAAGGGCAUGAGGCCAUGGAGCGCCUCAAGAUGCUGGCACUGCUCAAGAGGAAGGACCUGGCAGGCAUCGAGGUGCCCCACGAGCUGCCUGUCAAGCAGGAUGGCCUGAAAGUCUACGAGGAGAAGCUGAACGGGAACCUGCGACCCCACGCGGACAGCCGGAGUUCGGGCCGGCCGGGGAAGGAGAACAUCAACGACGAACCGGUGGACAUGAGCGCAAAGAGGAGUGACCAGGACAGGGGUCGGCUAACCCCCUCGCCGGAUAUCAUUGUCCUUUCCGAUAAUGAGGCUUCCAGUCCCCGCUCCAGUUCCCGGAUGGAGGAGAGGCUCAAGGCCGCCAACCUGGAAAUGUUCAAGGGCAAAGGCGUCGAGGAGCGGCAGCAGCUGAUCAAGCAGCUCCGGGACGAGUUGCGGCUGGAGGAGGCCCGGCUGGUGCUGCUCAAGAAGCUGCGGCAGAGCCAGCUGCAGAAGGAGAACGUGGUACAGAAGACUCCGGUUGUUCAGAACGCAGCAUCUAUCGUUCAGCCAUCUCCUGCCCACGUCGGACAGCAGGCUCUGUCCAAACUUCCCUCCCGGCCUGGAGCUCAGGGGGUCGAGCCCCAGAACCUCCGAACAUUACAGGGUCACAGUGUCAUUCGGUCGGCCACCAACUCGGCCCUCCCCCAUAUGCUUAUGUCUCAGCGUGUCAUCGCGCCAAACCCCGCCCAGCUCCAAGGGCAGCGCGUCCCUCCGAAACCAGGCCUCAUCCGCACCACCACUCCGAGCAUGAGCCCGGCCAUCAGCUACCAACCGCAAUCCAGCUCGGCCGUCCCUUGCCAGCGCACCACGUCCUCGGCCAUCUACAUGAACCUUGCCUCCCACAUCCAGCCGGGCACGGUGAACCGGGUUUCGUCGCCCCUGCCCAGCCCCAGCGCCCUCAACGAUGCCGCCAACUCCCAGGCAGCCGCCAAGCUCGCCCUGCGCAAGCAGCUGGAGAAGACCCUCUUGGAGAUCCCGCCCCCGAAGCCGCCCGCCCCUCUGCUCCACUUUCUGCCCAGCGCAGCCAACAGCGAGUUCAUCUACAUGGUGGGGCUGGAGGAGGUGGUACAGAGCGUCAUUGACAGCCAAGGCAAAGGCUGCGCCUCCCUCUUGCGAGUGGAGCCUUUUGUUUGCGCCCAGUGCCGCACAGACUUCACUCCGCACUGGAAGCAGGAGAAGAACGGCAAGAUCCUGUGCGAGCAGUGCAUGACCUCCAACCAGAAGAAGGCGCUCAAGGCCGAGCACACCAACCGGCUGAAGAAUGCCUUCGUCAAAGCGCUGCAGCAGGAACAGGAGAUAGAACAGCGGCUACAGCAGCAGGCAGCCCUGUCACCCACUGCCGCUCCUGCUGUGUCCAGCGUCAGCAAACAGGAGAGCAUCAUGCGACACCACACGCUCCGCCAGGCACCGCAACCACAGAGCACUCUGCAGCGCGGAAUCCCCACCUCGGCCCGCUCCAUGCUGUCCAAUUUUGCGCAGGCCCCACAGCUGUCUGUCGCAGGCGGCCUCCUUGGCAUGCCAGGUGUCAACAUCGCCUACCUGAACGCCGGGAUCGGGGGCCACAAAGCGUCGAGUCUGGCGGACCGGCAGAGGGAGUACCUUUUAGAUAUGAUCCCGCCGCGCUCUAUAUCGCAGUCCAUCAGUGGGCAAAAAUAACGCCAGCCUUGCCCGCUCCCCUUUCCUGCCCCUUUGGCCCUCCCCCUCGUCCGUCGCAUGCAGUGCCUGUAUUGGUGCCUAUUAAACGUGGAGGAAAAGAAAAAAAAAAGACAAAAAAAAAAAGAGAAGAGAACAUUUCCAGUCUUCAGAGACCUUCCCUCAUCUCUCCUCGCCUUUUCAUUUCAUUCGUGGGGAGAGGCCCCUUUUCCCUGCCCGAGGUCAGAACGUGUCUGCUUGGAUCCUGCACUAUACAUGUGUUAAUUAAUGCUUGUUUUAUGCUCCUUUUUCUUUUUCCCCUCCCCCCUUUCGUAAUGACAAUGCAUAGAAUUUUUAAUGGUUGUGUUCUUAUUUUUAAUAACUUUCCCCUCCUCCCGUUUUGCUUAAAUGGAUGGGGUGUUGUUUUUUUUUAAAAAACUUUUUUGUUGCAGAAAAAAAGAUCUUUUUUAGAGACUGCAAAAAAAAAAAGAAGAUCAUCUGCUACGAACUUCUCCUGACUUGGGCGGGGUGCUAGAAGCACCUGGGGCAGGGAGUAAGCCACCCCCAUGGGUGUGGCUGAGCCUUCCAAGGCAGCAACCCUCCCUACCGCAGAGGGUGCCCCGGAAGGUUAACCGCGCCUACCAGACAUAUGGAUGUCAGGGAUAGGUAGAGGGAUCCAGACCCGGGGAGGUUUUUUAAUCCUUGGGAACAGGACAUCUUGGUUUUGUAGUCAUGUUCGUGGGGGGUUCCCACCGAGAGAGUUGCUUGUUAAUUUUUUUAGGGGGAGGAGCAUUCUUCUCCUACAUGACCAUGCCAGGGAGCCAACUCAGAGAAAGAUGAACCGCUCCUUUGGAACCUCCUUCCUUCCCUCUGCCUCUCUGCUGCUGGUAUUUCCCCGCAUCCCCCUGCCUCGUCUCUGUCCUGUAGUCCAAAGGAGCCGCGCAGUAUUGUACCAGGACCCCCAGACUGGAACCUGCCGUGGGGGCGGGGACGUGUGCUUGUCUUCACUCUCCCUUCUGUGCCAGCAGAGGGCACUGUCAGUUGCCAGAAAAGCUCUGCUUGCGGACACCCUCUCUCAACCUUCCGGAAUGCAAACCGGGUGACUUCUCCGCCCAGCUGGCUUUGAGUACGGCGAGGGGUGGGGGGCUUAAGAGGCCUGGCCGGGAAGGGAGUGAGACCAUUUUGCGUUCCUAGGCCUGCUAUGGGAAAGGAAAAGGAGCAUCUGCAGUGGGGACCGGAGGCAGUUUCCCAGCAACGUAAUCUAGCAGAGGGGGGCAUCGUUCUGCUGAGCAACGUUUCGUUUCCCAGGUUUCCCUUUCUUUUCCCCUCCAGCUUUCUCCACUACUUCCUCAACCUGUUAGCCAUAGGAGACUUCCCAGGCCUUAAAUGGGGGUGGCCGGGGGACAUUUCCAGGGUUAUGUCCCCCAUGCUCUUUUUUUCCCUCUUGACUUCCUCUUCCAGACAGACACCACCAUGGCCCCAGAAGUCCCCCCAGCCUACCCACAUCAGGAAAUCCCUGCUGGGCUUGUGCUCUUCCCCAGGGACCCCUCCAGACCCGCACUUUCCUCUUCCCCCUCCAAUCUCUGAGCACUUAAAAAAAAAAAAAACGGAGAUGGGAUGAGGCCUGCCUGUGUGUGGGGCUGAGGGGCACCCCUCUCGUCAGAUCCUGGUUGCUCUAUACAAGCUAGCCGAAGGUUAGUUACAAUACGCGCACGCAGGUUUGUGUCGACAAAGGGUUUUGUUCCUCACCUGCAGGCUUCUGACAACCUCCCCCCAACCCGGGCACCUGUGCAGUUAAUUGUGGUGGCUUCCUUUUCCUUUGCAGUUUUCUCUGUAAAAUCUCCCUGCCCCGCCCCUUGCCCGCCACCUUCUCUCUGGCCCUCCUCGCUUGGAUGUGAUUUGUGCUCCCCUGCCCCGUCACCAAAAACCCAAGUGCCAUUGUCUCCCCGCCCUCUUUCCCACCCCCCAGCCCCUUAAAAAUCCGGCAUUGCUGAGAGUUCCGAUGCAAUGUGGUAUUUUUUCUUUUAGAAAAAAAUUAUGGUGAUGACAUAAAAAAUGUGCAAUACCGACCCCUCCCUCUUUUUUUGCCCUCUGCUCCAAAGCCUCGGACAGGGGCUUUAAUAGCGACCAUUGAACGGUAGCAAACCAGACAGUUUUGGGGAAGGGGGCUAGCUAGGUACAGCUCUCCCCUUCCCUUCUGGCUGGCGUGUAGUUUUAGUAGAGAAAGUCCACAAAAAGAAUUCUUUGGGAUCAGUCAGUACGUUUCUUGCCGUUUUAAGCGAGAUCGCUCUCCUGCCCCCUUGACCCUAUCUCGCUGAGCAGCUGGCCGAAAAGGAAUUGGCAAAAACGCUGCCGGUCGGUGGAUUGGGUCCCCCCUACAUCAGAGUAUCUCACGGUCUGGAGAUGGUGCUUGUCCAAUGAGGAAUUUUGACCUGAGUGUCUGAGAUUGGCCAAGUUUCUGCCUUGGAAGCAGAUGUAUCAAUGCCGAGGGGUGGGGCUGAUCCAGGAAGCAGUCAGAAUUUCUUCUUUUCCCUUGCCCACCUUAUUUUAUGGUCAGGGCGGGUGGAAGAGAGCCAAUUUGGAUAAUAGUUCCGUAGUCCGGGGGAUGGUGGUGCUCCUUCCUUGCCCCAUGAGGCCGGUGCUCUGCUCUCGCACUGUUGCUUCACCUGAGAACGUACUGGCCUGGGGUCUAGCGUGGGACUUCCUUAGAAGAGACAUGGGGGAGGUGGGGUUGGGCCUGCCGUCAGUGUUCUCCUCCUUGCACCCUGUAGGGGGGGAUACAAACUUUGGACCCUUGUCCUUUUAUGUUCCCUUUUCUCAGUUGACUUCCCCCUCUCAGCUUUCCCCAGAUCCAAGGGAUAAUAACCUUCCUUCACUCUCUCUCUGUUUUUUUUUUUUUUUUGUAGCAUAGAGGAUCAUCCUUAUUUUCUUUAAGGUACAUGCAGCUUACGUUUUCCUAGCUUCCAUUCGCUUUCCUUUUUCGGCUUAAUUGUAGACGCUUUGUGGUUGAUGCUUUAUUGGGGGGGGGGUUUUCCACACCGUGUUUCCUCAGAAGAAAAAAAAAAUGACAUAACUUGUCCCACUCCCCCACCCUUUUGGCCUCCGUUCUCCCCCCUUUCUUCUCCUUUGUUCUUUCGCUCCCUUCCCCAACCAGAUCUUAGCUUAACGAUAUUUGCUGCCGAAAUGUUAUAACAAGGACUCAUUUGUUGUAUAUAAGCUAUUUCUUGACACAUUUAAAGACAAAACCGGAAAAAAAAAAACGGAAAUUGUACAUUGUGUAGAAAACAAAACGACAAAAAAGAGAGACAGCUUAGCCAUGAAUAUUGUGAAAGUUGUUAACGUCCUUUUGUAGUGUGAACUUUUUUGUGUAUGACAUUAAAAUGUGCAAAAGGC